GACACUUGAGCUCAACACAAACAGCUGAUUAAGAAAGCAGAGAGAAGCAAUGGUGUAUUCAAAUUUUGCCAUGCUUCCAUUACUUUUCAUUCUGCUAUCAGCUUCAGUGACAGCUUCAGAUCCUAUUCUAGAAAAGUUUUCCCAAUGUGUCUCUCUCAAUUCCGAGAUUCUUAUCCCAGUAUCCACUGCCUUUUACACCCCAAACACCACUUCUUUCAGUGCUUUUCUGCAAUCUUCUGCACAAAACCUCAGGUAUUUGGUGCCAUCUGCACCCAAGCCUGAGUUUAUCUUUACUCCAAUGCAUGACACCCAUGUCCAAGCAGCUGUUAUUUGUUCAAAGCAGCUUUCUAUUCACAUGAGAGUACGGAGCGGUGGCCAUGACUAUGAGGGCCUUUCUUAUGUUUCUGAAAUGGAAAAGCCAUUCAUUAUGGUGGACCUGGCCAGGCUUCGAGGCAUCAAAGUUGAUAUAGAUGACAAUAGUGCAUGGGUUCAGGCUGGUGCCACUGUUGGUGAAGUUUACUACAGAAUUUAUGAGAAAAGCAAGACUCAUGGCUUCCCAGCCGGCCUCUGCACAAGCUUGGGUAUUGGUGGGCACAUCACCGGAGGUGCUUAUGGAUCCAUGAUGAGAAAAUAUGGACUGGGUGCUGACAAUGUGAUGGAUGCUCGGAUUGUUGAUGUUAAUGGCAGAAUUCUUGACCGAGAAUCCAUGGGAGAAGACCUGUUUUGGGCUAUUAGAGGAGGCGGAGGAGCCAGCUUUGGGAUCAUUCUCUGGUGGAAAAUAAGGUUGGUUCCUGUUCCAUCAACCGUGACAGUUUUCACAGUGGGAAGAGCCUUAGAGCAAGGGGCAACAAAGCUCCUCUAUAGAUGGCAACAAGUUGCAGAUAAGCUCCAUGAAGAUCUCUUCAUUAGAGUCAUCAUAUCAGUGAAGGCAAAUGAAAAAGGUAAUAAAACCGUCAGCGCUGCCUUCAACUCACUGUUUCUGGGUGGGGUGGACAGACUCCUCCAAAUAAUGGGAGAGAGCUUCCCAGAGUUGGGUUUGACAAUGAAGGAUUGUACUGAAAUGAGCUGGAUCAGAUCAGUGCUUUACAUCGGGGGCUACCCAAGUGGAACACCCCCUGAAGUUCUUCUACAGGGGAAAUCAACAUUCAAGAACUAUUUCAAGGCCAAAUCAGACUUUGUGAAGGAACCCAUCCCUGAAAACGCCCUUGAAGGGCUGUGGACGAGGUUAUUAGAAGAAGAGUCUCCACUGAUGAUAUGGAAUCCUUAUGGUGGAAUGAUGAGUAAGAUUUCAGAGUCUGAAAUUCCAUUCCCUCAUCGAAAGGGCAACAUAUUUAAAAUCCAGUAUCUAACAACAUGGCAAGAUGGGGAGAAGAACACGAAAAACCAUAUGGAAUGGAUAAGAAGGCUUUACUGCUACAUGACUCCUUAUGUUUCCAUGUUCCCUAGAGCUGCAUAUGUAAAUUACAGGGAUCUAGAUUUGGGCAUCAACAAGAACAGUAACACAAGCUUCAUACAGGCAAGUGUUUGGGGUGCCAAGUACUUCAAGGGCAACUUCAACAGAUUGGUACAUGUGAAGACCAAGGUUGAUCCAGAUAACUUCUUCAGGCAUGAACAGAGCAUCCCACCAAUGCCACAGCUCAUCAAGGGCUCCGUCCAUGGACUUGAGUAGUGUUCUUUUCACAUCCCCAUCAAUAAGCUUGUAUUUCUAGUCUAGGAUGAUGAUACAUAUGUGAUCGGUACGUACUAGAGAUAAUGAGGCCCAUCUCCUUAAAUAUGUAUAUUGAUCUUUUAAGUGUGAUAAAGUAAUAAUGUAAUGGUUUUUAUUUUUUAU